CUUAAAGUCAAAGCUUCUUAUUUUCUUUAAUUUUAAUUUAAUAUUUGGUCACAAUAAGUGUGGUUUCUGAUUACUGCAUCAAAUUAAGUACGGUUUACUUUGCAUGGCAGGUGCACAUGCAGCGACAAUUUCUUUCAAAAACAAUUGCCCCUACACGGUCUGGCCAGCAACCCUAACCGACGAUGGAAAACCUCAACUAUCAACCACAGGGCUCGAGUUAGCAUCCCAAGCUAAGUUCCAGCUAGACACUCCGGUGCCAUGGACCGGCCGCUUGUGGGCCCGAACUGGAUGCUCCACGGACGCCUCUGGAAAGUUCGCCUGCGCCACCGCAGACUGUGCCUCUGGUCAGGUCAAGUGCAAUGGUAACGGUGCCAUUCCGCCGGCAACUUUAGCGGAAUUCAGUAUUCCAGCCGGCGGAGGACAAGAUUUCUACGACGUUAGUCUUGUUGAUGGCUUCAACUUGCCCAUGUCUGUGACUCCACAAGGAGGUACCGGCACUUGCAAGACGGGUAGUUGCCCGGCGGACGUGAACGCAGUUUGUCCAAGUGAGCUGCAAAAGAAAGGGUCCGAUGGGAGCGUGGUUGCCUGCUUGAGCGCAUGUGGUAAAUUCAAUCAGCCACAGUACUGUUGCACUCCGCCUCAAAACACUCCAGAGACAUGCCCACCGACAAAUUACUCUCAGAUAUUCAGUCAAGCAUGCCCCAACGCUUACAGCUAUGUUUAUGAUGACAAAAGUGGUACAUUUACAUGCAAUGGUGGACCUAACUACGUCAUUACUUUCUGCCCAUCAGGUCCCUGUUGUGGUGACAUUUACAUACAUAUAGGGACUAUCGACAUGUAAUUGAUAAUGGGUCGA